GUAGGUUUUGAAAGUCUCCCAAAGAAUAGAAGUAAACGAGUGACGAGACCUCAUUUGGUGUUAAGAGUGUGAUAUUGGUGCUUGAUCUGCGUAGUCGAAUCGGAAGAAGAAGAAGGGAUUACAAAUGGCGAGAUCCACCAGCAAGGAUGCACAAGCGCUUUUCCACUCCCUUCGCUCUGCUUACGCAGCCACUCCCACCACUCUGAAGAUCAUCGAUCUCUAUGUGGGUUUCGCCAUAUGUACCGCGCUGAUUCAGGUGGUGUACAUGGCUGUCGUUGGAUCCUUCCCGUUUAACUCUUUUCUUUCAGGAAUACUUUCUUGUGUUGGGACAGCAGUCCUAGCUGUCUGUCUCCGUAUCCAAGUGAACAAAGAAAACAAGGAAUUCAAGGAUUUAGCACCAGAGCGAGCAUUCGCAGACUUUGUUCUCUGCAAUUUGGUGCUGCAUUUGGUGAUCAUGAAUUUCCUUGGAUAAGUCUCCUAGCACUAUGGACUUAUAGAAUGUUAUUUACUUAGUUUAUGACUGCGAGUAUUACUGGUAAAAGUAAUUAAUGACAUUGCUGAGAAGAAAUUUUCUUAGGACACAACUUCUAUCAAUGAAUUAUGGAAACAAUAGUUUGGAUUGGUGGUUUAUUUUCUACUGUUGCGGUAACUUUGCCCUGCUGCAUAUGUUAAAUUUAACAAUUACCUAAACAAGUUUUGCAAGCUUCAAAUGUCAAAGGAAUAUAUAAAGGGCUUAUUUUUUUUC